UGCGCGUGCGCAGAUUCUGGCGUGCCCUCCCUCCCUCCCUCGUUCCGUCCCAAAGAGAGGAGGCCCUUUGUUGGCUCUUGGCGGCCCCGCCCCUAUCCUCGCGCUUGGCCCCGCCCUGUUCCCCGGAGCCGAAGCCUCCCGGCGGGAUGCUGUUGGGGGCGCCCUCCGCCCCUCGGCGCCUCUGAGAAGCCGCGGGAGAAAAGGGAGGGAGACAUGAGCCACUUCCAGCGGGGGGUCGCGUUGCUGCUGCUGACCCUCUCCCUAGAGUAUUCAGAUGCCAAAAAGCAGUGCUGGUACUUUGAAGGGGUGUAUCCUACAUAUUAUGUAUGCCGCUCUUAUGAAGACUGCUGUGGUUCAAGGUGUUGUGUAAGGACUCUCUCUAUCCAGAGAUUAUGGUAUUUUUGGUUCCUGCUGAUGAUGGGAGUUUUGUUUUGUUGUGGGGCGGGUUUCUUUAUCCGAAGACGGAUGUAUCCUCCUCCACUGGUUGAUGAAACAACUUAUAAUGUGUCAUAUACUCGGCCACCUAACCCCAAUACAGCAGGCACACAGCAGCCAGGAAUGGCAUACUACCCGGAGCCAGAGGGAGCUGUGAUAAGCCCUAUGGCAAUGACUUACCAUGUCCAACCGAAGUUUCCACACAUGAACCCAAUUUACCCACCCCCUCCUUCGUAUUGCAACACCCCUCCUCCACCGUAUGAGCAGGCCGUGAAAUCUUCCACGUAACCUGAGGGUUGCAGGAUGUGGUGACUUGGCUAGAAAGAGACAGGAUCAGGAGCUAUGAAAUUUUUUCUUAAUGCUCCAGUAUCCUUUGCUCUCUUCCCAGUUAGUAUUAUUUGGACAAGAGUGGCAGAUUUGUCUUUUUGUAUGUGUGUGUUUUUUAAACCAAUAUUUAUAUCUGAAACAAUAUGCUUUUAAAAUUAUUUUUCAUUGUGGUCACAAUGCAUAUAUUAUGACAUUGUCGUGGCACAAAACAAUGUCCCCCAGCCUAAAUGUCCUGGAGCUCAUUCUGAAAUUUUAAAUACUAGAGGGAGACAUCAGCAAAUGUGAGUGAAGAGAAGACAGCUCAAAUAAUUUAAAUAAGUAAGAUGGGUUGUCUCUGCCAAAAAAAAAAGUUCAGAGAAAUGAGAAAGGACUGGAUGAAGAUAUCUCCAAGCAACUUUGGCAAGACAAUGUGUAAGAACAAUUUCUUUUUUGGAAUAAGACCCACCUAUAUUUCAGUAGCACAACCAUGAGAUAGAACAAGAGUGGAACAACCCCAUUCUUCUAACUCUGGCUCUAUUUUUGGUUCUGCCAGAGUUAAUUGGGGGAGCGGUGGAGACUCUUGUUGCCAGUAGUUAAAAUGACAAUAUGGUGAUAUGAAUGUAAUAACAAAUCAUUGGUUUUGUUUGGGGGAAAGUGACAGGUCCAAAUUUAACCACAGAAAAGUUGAAUUGCCUAUUUUUUAUACUACAGAGAAUUUCAGAAGUCAGAAAUGGUUUUGCUAUGGGCAGCCAUAAGCCCCUCAUUGUGUACACUGAAGGUGAAUUUUGUCUACUCUUAAGAAUGUGAGUGACAGAUGUGUAGAAUACAGGGAGCCAUGGUUUACAAGGCAGAUACAUAACAUUCAGAGAGUUUGUGGCCCAUUGAGUGUGUUUGUGAAGGUGAACCUGCACUGGCCUUGGUUUCAUGAGUAAAAUGGCCUUUAGUUUUGGCCUGGAUGAUCAGUAUUUUUUCUCCACAUUCCUUUCAGUCUUAUAUUCAUUUUUAAGACUACACCAAGCAAAACAUAAUACUUCUGGAACAUGGCCACACAGCCCGAAAGACAUACAACAACCCUCCAAAACAUUUUUAAUUAUCUCCUCAAGAUGACUUCCACCUGUCUGUUGCAUAUGAUGACUUCUUUGUUCAAAAUGAAUUUCAUAGUACAAUAGAGUUUCGCUUAUCCAACGUAAAUGGGCCGGCAGAACGUUGGAUAAGCGAAUAUGUUGGAUAAUAAGGAGAAAUUAAGGAAAAGCCUAUUAAACAUCAAAUUAGGUUAUGAUUUUACAAAUUAAGCACCAAAACAUCAUGUUAUACAAAAAAAUUGACAGAAAAGUAGUUCAAUACGCAGUAAUGCUAUGUAGUAAUUACUGUAUUUACGAAUUUGGCACCAAAAUAUCACGAUGUAUUGAAAACGUUGACUACAAAAAUGCGAUGGAUAAUCCAGAACGUUGGAUAAGCGAGACUCUACUGUAUCUGAGUUUUACCGGGCAUAAAAUAAGGGUUUGCAGGUUCUUCAAGAUAUCAAAACAGAUUAUGUAUAAAUUAAAACGUUUAAAAUCUAACAUCCACAAAUGGAGAGUCAAGACAUCAAAGAUGAAUAUAACUGUGUCCUAUUGUUUCUGUUUGUGAAAAAAAAAACCUGUUCUGUCUUUGGCAUUAGAAAGGCAUGUCUUCUCAGCUCCUCAUUCUAGUGCCAUUUCAAGGGAGGUGAGACUAUGUGUUAGAGAUGUUUCCUCUAACAUUGGAUAACAUUAUGUAACAAAAUUUGAAAAAUAUAUGUUCCUGGUUUGAAAGUGUUAUUCCUGUUUAAUUGUGUGGGAUUUACUUUGAAAGUAGUUGUUGUACUCCAGAAACUUUUUUGUAUCUGCCACAAACUAUGUUGAAUUAAUUGGUUGAGACUCAAUGAGAUACUCAUUGAAAAACUAUAGCAAAACAUGCUGCAGGAUGUCUGCAAAAACCAAUACACCUUUCCCAUGUUUUUAUGAUAGAACCAAUUAGGAAAUGACAUUCAUAACCCUGAAACACACAUUGUGUUACAUAUUGUAAUCGUUGUUUCCCCCACUGCCAGGACAUUUGUUUAUUUUCUAGCAGCCAGGCCACUAGGUAUAGUGUACAAUUGUGGAGCUUAUUUCCAAAACGUUCAAAACCUAUCUGAACAAAUUGUAUAGGAAUCUGGGAAAAGAGCUGCUGAGAAUAUGAAUUCUUCUGCUAUAAAAUGUAAUUUUCCACAAACUGUACCAAAGUGAUUUGAUACAUUUGGAUAGUAUUCGACUCCUAGCCAACAAUGUGUCACCACCUCUAACUCAUUUUUCAUUUUUUUUUUUGGAUUUGGUACCUUUUGUAAACAAACUCCACAGUUCUACUUUUCUUGACAGAAGGAAAGCUAGAUGCUGCUAGUGUGCUUCCCACACUGUAGUUAAAGGUAAAAUUGAAAAUUUCCAGAAUGUAAUAUGUAGGAUAUCUGAGGAUAUGUGAGAAAUAUUUAUCAAGUUUUAAAAAAUACCAAGCAAUGAUUGUUCAGUAUGAUGUAUAUGAUUGUCCAGUAUGAAGCCUAUACAGCAGGGGUGGAAAACUUGUGGACUUCCAGAUGUUGUUGGACUACAUCUGUCGGCAUCCCUAGCCAUGCAACUUUAGGAUAUUUGGAACUGCAGUCCAACAGGAUUUGGAGGAGUAUGGAUUACUUUCCACUGAUGUAAAGUGUUUUUUUCAGAGUGUACAGUAAAUAUUACAGUCUAGACUAGAGAUCUUCAGGUGUAAAAGUUAAUGGUCUGAAAUGAUAAGUUAGCUUCAAAUUUCAAUUGCAAUUGUACCCCAGAUAGAUUUUAUUGCUAGACAGUUCAAAAUAGCCAUUUGGCAUAUAGCCCCCUAAAUGUAUUUGAUGGUUCUAUUUACGGUGACAAUUCGUAAAAAUGAUCCUUCCCACCCUAUUACUGUUGUAUGCUCUGAAUUUUUUUUUUAUUUCCUUCACAUCUCCAACAUCAACACAGCUUCAUACCAUAUCCUGUCCUUUCUCAGGCUUUAUUCUUAUUGUGCAAACAUGCUGGCAGGACCAGAGACCUCAAAAUAUCCAUUAAUGUAGUAUGAUGAUCUAGCAACUUUCAACUUUCUGGUCUUAAGAAUAUUUAUUCUCAGUGGAAGGUCAUGUGUAAGAAGUAGAAAAUGUAAUUGUAGCAUGACUUAAAAAGACAUUUUGAGUGAAUUGAGUAUUUGAAGGAUUGGGACUAUUAAAGAAGUUCCCGUCCAAAGGCUAGACUUAGUUUAGAUCAGUGGUUCCCAACCUUUGGCCUCCAGGUGUUGUGUACUUCAGUUCCCACCAUUCCUAACAAUUGGUAAACUGUCUGAGAUUUUUGGGAGUUUAAGUCCAAAACAACUGGAGGCCCAAAGUUUGGGAACCACUGGUUUAGACUCGACAGUUGCUGAGAAUAAUAAUUUCAUUUAAUUUUUUUUUCAGUUUCUUUUAGAAAAAAGGCCACUAUUGUAGAGGAAUGCUUCAACAUAAAACUGACACAGACCAAAAUUAGACAUACUGUUGUAACUUCAAGUAGAACAGUUUCUCUCAACCUGGGUUCCUCAGAUGUUUUUGGCCUUCAACUCCCAGGAAUCCUAACCACUGCUAAACUGGCUGGGAUUUCUGGGAGUUGUAGGCCAAAAACAUCUUGGGCCGCAGGUUGAGAACCACUGAAUUAGAUCCUUCCCAGUAAUCACUGAAGCACUGCUAAGACAAUGGGCAAAUCACAAGCUGUCAAAUUGUAUUAAGAAUAAAAUGAGCAAAUGGGAAAAUUGGGCAUGAACAUUCCAAAAUUAAGGACUUUUAUGCCACAUGGAUGUCAAGUGGACAAAUAAGUAUGUACUGAAUUUUCUUUCUUUCAGUUGGUCAUAUAUUUUGUUAAUUUGUUCAGUGGGAUCCAGAUUUUUGUCUACAGUGAAGUAAACCUGUCUAGGAAAUGAUUAGAUCUAGACUUAGUUUAUGGAGUAUGACAUGUGGCUGUACGAACUGUCAUUGUUGCAUAACAUCAACAUUUAUGUAACAUUCAGUCUUGGUUCAAGCUCAAAAAGAAAAACCUUAAUCAAAUGAGAAGCAGCAAAUUUGUAAUUUGUGUAAUAGUGUGGAAAGCUUAUUUCUAGGAUAAUUUGAUGAAUGAGGAUGCUAGUUGAUAAGAAAAAGAAUGCAAGCCUUACACUGAAUAACAUGAACACAUUUGAUCAUCUUCUCCAUUUUCUGAAUUAUUGUGUACUUUUCAAAAUGUUGCCAAUGAUGUGAUAUCUGAUCUACUUAAGAUGCAAAGACACGCUACCAGCUAGCAAACUUUCCUUAAUGGUGUGACGUUAUAUUAAAUGAUGAGGUUCAUAUUGUUCUAUUUUAUACACUCAUAUCGCUACUGAAUCCACUGUUGGGUAUAUGUCAGUAUAAUAAUAAUCCAGUGUGGCAAAAACUUUUAAUUUGCAUUGUUCUUAUAUCUUAGGGGGGUUCUUGUGUAAAUCAAGAGCACAAUUUCAGUCUUCACUUUAUUUAUAAUUAAAUUUUGCAAGCUUUUUUUAGAAAUGUUGGAUAGCAUUUAUUUAUUUUAUAAUUUAUUUUAUAAAUAGCCAGUCUCCUCGAUUAUACCCUACCAAACUGCAGGUAGACAAAGGGUCAGAUAGUGGACAACAAAGGUCCUUGAUCAUUGAAGGGAUAUGUGGCAGGGAAAGGAGCAGGCUGGAACCUUUUUCUGUGCCACCUAGAUUUUUCUAUGCAGGAAAAUGCUUACAUGGUGAUAUCUAGCACAUCAUAUGACAUUGGCAAAGGGCCACCCUGGGUGUGUACCUUCAUGAAAUGCUAGUUGUUCAACAAAUACUUAAGCUGAAAGUGUAUAAACAAUGUACCUCAGAGAAAACUCCCACACCUGAAAUCAGCACAGGUUCAAAAUCCACCACUGAUUUUUCAGUAGUGAUAGUUUGAACUAUCCUGUAUGGCAUCAUUGAAUAAACAUAUAUACCAACCAAUUGCAUUAACUUUUAUGGUGGAUGUGUUAGGCGAUUCAGCCAAAUUUUUGGUGAGAAUCCGAGAUUGGGCCACAUAGGUUUCAGAUAAUGAUCUUUGCUUCAUAAUUCUAGUCCACCAAAUUUUAACAGCUUACAGAACAGUUUGCUUUCAAUUUGAACCAUUACAUCUGCCUGCACAAGAUGAUUUAUACAUGUAUUUUGCUGAAACAGCUGCAUUUGCACUGGUUGAGUGGUAAAUAAAGAGUUCUUUGUGUGGGGUUCUAUGGUGUUAGCAGUAAACAGUUUUAUACUUGUCAGUGUAUUUUAAUAAGUGAUUUCCCCCCUUUCCCUAUUGGGUAGAGCAUUUUAGAAUCAGUUUUGAUGAUGUACAUUGAAAUCCACCUCAGCGUACAUGUUCUUCCAGCCCCUGAGAUCUGUUUGGUUCUUACAUUAUUGUGGAUCAUACCUCUUCCUGUCAAACUGCUGUUAAUGUGAUGUUGUACAGUACUUGAUUUGGGGAGGGGGGGGGGUGAGAGGAGCUACGUUGCGAUUAAAUAUAUUAGUUACUUUAUGACUGCCUGCAUGCUUUCUUUCAGAUAUUUUCUACUUUGUUCUUGAAAGCUUUAAAAAUAAAUAAAACCUUUUUCCAUAGUA